AAUGAAAACAAAUUACCAUCAACCGCCUCUGUCACUACGGUACAUUAUGACACUGAAACGCAAGACUAUAAUUCAACAUCACAAACUACGCAGAGUACAAUCACUAACCAAGCCACUAGCAUACAAACUAAUGACAAUGAAAACAAAUUACCAUCAACCGCCUCUGUCACUACGGUACAUUAUGACACUGAAACGCAGGAUUAUAAUUCGGAAUCACAAACUAUUCAGAGUACAAUCACUAACCAAGCCACUAGCAUACAAACUAAUGACAAUGAAAACAAAUUACCAUCAACUGCUUCUGGUACUACGUCACAUUAUGGCAGUUCAACUGAGGAUUCUAUUUCAGAAUCUAAAAGUACGCACAGUAUAACCACUGAUAAAGCCACUAGCAUAUAUUCUAAUGACAAUGAAAACAAAUUACCAUCAACCGCCUCUGUCACUACGUCACAAUACGACACUGAAACGGAGAAUUUCGAUUCAGAAUUACAAAGUAUUCAAAAUACAAUCACUAACCAAGCCACUGGCACAUAUGCUAAUGACAAUGAAAAUAAAUUACUAUCAACUGCCUCUGUCACUGCGUCACAUUAUGACAGUGAAACUGACGAUUCUAAUUCAGAAUCACAAAGUACUCAAAGUAGAAACAUUAACCGAGCCACUACCAUAUAUGCUAAUGAAAAUGAAAAUAAUUUACCAUCAACCGCCUUUGUCACUGCGUCACAUUAUGACAGUGAAAUUGAGGAUUCCAAUUCAGAAUCACAAACUCCGCAAAGUACAAUCACUAACCAAGCCACUAGUGUACAAACUAAUGACAAUGAAAACAUACUACCAUCAACCGCCUCUGUCACUACGGUACAUUAUGACACUGAAACGCAAGACUAUAAUUCAGAAUCACAAAGUACUCAAAGUACAAUCACUAACCAAGCCACUAGCAUAUAUGCUAAUGACAAUGAAAAUAAUUUACCAUCAACCGCCUUUGUCAUUGCGUCACAUUAUGACAGUGAAACUGAGGAUUCCAAUUCAGAAUCACAAACUCCGCUAAGUACAAUCACUAACCAAGCCACUAGUGUACAAACUAAUGACAAUGAAAACAUAUUACCAUCAACCGCCUCUGUCACUACGGUACAUUAUGACACUGAAACGCAAGACUAUAAUUCAGAAUCACAAAGUACUCAAGGUACAAUCACUAAACAAGCCACUAGCAUAUAUGCUAAUGACAAUGAAAAUAAUUUACCAUCAACCGCCUUUGUCACUGCGUCACAUUAUGACAGUGAAACUGAGGAUUCCAAUUCAGAAUUACAAACUACGCAGAGUACAAUCACUAACCAAGCCACUAGCGUACAAACUAAUGACAAUGAAAACAUAUUACCAUCAACCGCCUCUGUCACUACGGUACAUUAUGACACUGAAACGCAAGACUAUAAUUCAGAAUCACAAAGUACUCAAGGUACAAUCACUAAACAAGCCACUAGCAUACAAACGAAUGACAAUGAAAACAAAUUACCAUCAACCGCCUCUAUCACUGCGUCAUAUUAUGACAGUGAAACUGAGAAUUCCAAUUUAGAAUCACAAACUCCGCAAAGUACAAUCACUAACCAAGCCACUAGCACAUAUGCUAAUGACAAUGAAAACAAAUUACCAUCAACCGCAUCUGUCACUACGGUACCUUAUAACAAUGAAUCUGAUGAGUUUAAAACAGGAUCACAAAGUAUCCAUAGUACAGCUGCUAAUCAACAUUCAAGCAUACAAACUAAUGAAACUAGAAUACCAUUGACCACCCCGAUCGUUGAGUCGUACCACAACACCGAAAUUAAAGGUUCCCAAAGAGAAUCACAUAAUACACAAAGUACUGAUACAACGUAUACAGAAUCGUAUGACAGUAAAUAUGAAUUGCCAUUGACUACUGCUUUCACCACUUUAUAUUAUAACAGCGAAUCUGACCUUUCCCGGACAGAGUCUUUAGCUACGCAAAGAAUAGCUACUGGAAAAGACACAAAUAUAGAAUCUAAUCAGGAUCAUUACCAGACAACAGUUGAUGCUACAGAAUCAUUAUCAACAGAAAACGUUGUUGAUUCAUUCACAUCUACUGCAGUAACAAAUUUAGCCACUUUGAUCGACGAAAACGUUAACAAGUUUUCGGAGAGUCAACAUUCUACAACUAUAUUAACAGCACAAGAUGAAACCACCUUUAAACCGUAUUCUGAAGUCGAUUUCACUACAGUGUUUCAUAAUAUUAAGACAGUUGAAAAUGACUUUAAUGCAGAUAAAGAUGAUGAUUAUUUAACACAGGAAAUAUCUACUACAACAGAACCGUCAACGAUUGAUUAUCUGAACGUAAAUUAUGAAAAAAAUAAUCCUCUAAGUACUACUAUUCCACCUCCGACAGCAAAACAUAGUACGAUUUUGAAAAAUUCGGAAUACGGUCAAAAUACGGUAACAUCUUCCAUGUUGAAUUUCAAUAAAGAAAAAGUGUCUUCAACCCAUACAAGUUCUUUGAGUACGGCAAAAAGUAGUAAACAAACUUCGAGUAGUUUGAGUACUUCGACAGAGAGCUUGUCAUCGCGAAGAAAAAACGUUGACAUUCCAGCUUGGACUGACUUAUCAACUAUAACAGAUAUAACAACUACGACGGAGUCAACUUUGACUGAAAUGACGACUAGUACUGACAUACCUUUUAAUCUUAAAUGUAGAGUAAAUUCACAUUGUCCGUUAAACAUGACGUGUCAAGAGGGAACAUGCCAGAACCCAUGUGAUUUGCCUGAGAUGAAGUGUGCCCAGAAUACUUCCUGUAAAGUUGUCAACCACGCUGCUGUUUGUGUUUGUGACUCAGCUGGAAACAACUGUGUAAGAGAAUCAUCUGGAACGCCAAAAGUACCAGAGCCGUGUCAUUCCGAUCGAGAUUGUAUAGAAAUUGAAGCCUGUUUUAUGGGACUAUGUCAAGAUCCAUGUGAGUUUGAUAAUGUUUGUGGGAUACAAGCAAACUGCCAGCGCGUAAAACACAGGCCUAUGUGUUCCUGCCCUGCGGGCUACGAUGGAGACCCUGCAAUUAAAUGUUCACCUAAAAUAUUUGGAUGCACGCGAAACGACGACUGUCAAUCUACAGAGGCUUGUAUAAAUAAUGCAUGUCAACACCCUUGUGCCAUACACAACCCAUGCGCACCUAAUGCUGUAUGUAUAAACACAAACCAUGGAUCUGACUGUAGCUGUGUGGAAGGUUUUCAAGGCAACGGAUACGUCGGUUGUGUACCAGUUGUGGAAUCUACAUCAGUAUGUCAAUAUAACGAAGAUUGUCCACCUGAAUUACUAUGCGAUAGAUUAAAUAGAAAAUGCAUUAGUCCUUGUGCAAUUAACAAAUGUGGAGAUAAUGCUGAAUGCUUACCUUCAAAUCAUGGUAUACAAUGUAAAUGUGCCCCUGGUUUUACUGGUAAUGCCUUCCUGGAAUGCUAUCAAGUUCAAGGCUGUCGUUCAGAUAACGAGUGUGCCAAUUCUGAAGCGUGUAUAAAUGGUAAAUGUGGUUCUCCAUGCCGUUGUGGUAUAAACGCUGUCUGUGAUGUGAUUAACCAUCGAGCAUCUUGUAAAUGUCUACAAGGAUAUACCGGUAAUCCACAAAUUGGUUGUGAACCACCAACAAAUCCAUGUAGUCCGAACCCUUGUGGAAUAAAUGCAUUAUGUGAAAUCGACAACGGAAAUCCAAUUUGUUACUGUCCGAAAGGCUUAACCGGAAAUCCUUUCAAGAAUUGCAUCCCAGAAGGAAACGAAUGUGAACCAAAUCCAUGUGGACCAAACUCAGGAUGUCGACUAAUAGAUGAUAAACCAGCCUGUUUCUGUCUACCAAAUUACGAAGGGAGUCCGCCAAGAAUGCCAUGCAAAUUACCAAACAAUCCCUGUAAUCCAUCACCUUGCGGUCCUAACACUCAAUGUACAGUACUGUCUAAUGGAUUUUCAAAGUGUUCUUGUUUACCUGGUUAUGUCGAAAGCCCGAAUACUGUUCGUGGAUGUAUUGAAGCACGAAACCCUUGCGAACCGAGUCCCUGCGGAGUCGGCGCUCGAUGUGAUCCAAACAAAACUCCAUCUUGUUUCUGUCCAGAAAAUACUGUUGGAAAUCCAUACAAAUCAUGCGACAGUAACCGUGGAUAUCUUCCACCAGUUGCGAAUGUUCUCUGUCAGCCAGGACCAUGUGGACCAAAUGCGGAUUGUUUUGUUAGUAGCAAUAGAGAAGUGUGCUAUUGCAAAACUGGUUUUAGUGGUGACCCAUAUCUGGGUUGCCAAAAUCAAAUAAGUCCUUGUGCUCCCAACGCUUGUGGACCACGAGCAAUCUGUCAAGUAAAGUUUGAUGGACAAGCCUUCUGUGUGUGUCCUGAAGGAAGUGUGGGUGAUGCUUACAGCAUUGAAGGCUGUAUUUUACGGGAAUGUGAGGUCGAUGAUGGCUGUCCCACAAAUAAAGCAUGUAUUGGAUAUAGUUGCCAAGAUCCCUGUCCUGGAGUAUGUGGGUUGAAUACCAAAUGUCACGUAGAGGCUCAUCGACCAGUAUGUUUCUGUGAAGAAGGUUUCAUCGGAAAUCCAUUAAUAUGUUGUCUUCCACCCGAAGAUCAGAAAUCAAUAUCACCAUGUAACAAAAUACAAUGUGGUAUUAACGCAAUCUGUCAAGAAGUCGGAGAUAGAGCCGUUUGCUCUUGUCCACUUGAUUUCAUUGGUGAUCCAACAAUAGAAUGUAAGCCUGAAUGUAUGAUGAACUCCGAUUGUUCCUCGAACGAAGCUUGCAUUAACAAAAAAUGUAUUGAUCCUUGUGCAUCUGCCAACAUCUGUGGAAUAAAUGCUGUUUGCCUAUGUUCAGAUCAUACUGUUUCUUGUCUGUGUCCCGAUGGUUAUAUAGGAGAUCCGUUAACUCAAUGUAUAUACAAACCUAUAAUAAUUGUACCAGAUAAUUCUACAGCGCAACCUUGUUCACCAAAUCCAUGUGAUCAAAAUGCGCCUUGUGAUACUUAUGGUAACCAGUUUGCAAUUUGCGACGCAUGUGUUGGACUGAAUUCUUUAAAUAACCCAUCGUGUAGACCGGAGUGCGUUUUGAAUUCGGAUUGUAGUUUUGAUAAAUCUUGCUUAAGGAACAAGUGCUUGAAUCCUUGCCCUGGUUCUUGUGGUAUUAAUGCAGAGUGCACAGUUUAUAAUCAUGAUCCAGUUUGCCAGUGCGUGAAUGGUUUCGAAGGGAAUCCAUACGAACAUUGUAAACCAAGUGUCCGGCCUAUCACACAUGAAACUUGCAACAAUGUGCAAUGCGGUGCAAAUGCAAUUUGUAGAGACUUCAAUGGUGCUUUAGCUUGCCAUUGUCUGCCCGACUUUUAUGGAAAUCCUUAUAUUUCGUGCCGACCGCAAUGUGUUGUUAACAGCGACUGUUCACCGGAAUUGGCUUGUUUUCACAAUAAAUGCGAAGACCCUUGUACAAAUGUGUGUGGCAUAGGAGCUUUGUGUAAAACAGUUAAUCACCAUGCCGUGUGCUAUUGUGAAUCUGGACAAAUUGGAGAUCCUUAUGUUAGAUGCCAAAACGCACCAGCGUUGCCUCCUUCUUUAUCUGUAUGUGAUCCAUCGCCUUGUGGGCCUUACAGUCGUUGUCUUGUUUCAUCUAACGGUUUUGCAAUGUGUUCCUGUUUACCAGGACAUAAAGGGAUAGCCCCUAUGUGUCAACCAGAAUGUGUCAGUAAUGCAGAUUGUCAACAGAUGGAAACAUGUGUUAAUCAACGAUGCAUAAACCCUUGCCUCGGUAGUUGUGGUGUUAACGCUGACUGUGUUGUUGUUAAUCACAACCCAAUAUGUACCUGUAGUCGAGGAAAAUCUGGUGACCCCUUUGUAGCCUGUACUGAUAUAACAGAAGUGGUGCCUUCCGAAAGAAAUCCAUGUGUACCUUCUCCAUGUGGGCCGAACUCCGUUUGUGAAAUUAAGUCGAAUCACCCAGUAUGUUCAUGUCGACCUAACUACUCUGGUACUCCACCGUACUGUAGACCUGAGUGUGUCAUAAGUCAAGAAUGUCCUUCUAACAAAGCUUGCAUCAAUGAAAAAUGUUUAGACCCAUGCACAGGGGCUUGUGGUAAUAAUGCCAAAUGUGUUGUAAUUAAUCACACGCCGUUAUGUAGCUGUUUAGAUGGAUAUAAAGGCGAUGCAUUCGUAGGAUGCAAUGCAAUUUCAAACGACGAUACCGAGACUCUUUGUAAUCCUUCACCAUGCGGAGAGAACACAAUCUGCAAUGUAAUAAACAAUAUUGCGCGCUGCUCAUGUAUUCCGCCCAACAUAGGAAACCCGUAUGCGGGGGGAUGUCGACCAGAGUGUUCAUUAAACUCAGAUUGUCCGAAUCAUUUGGCUUGUCUGUCAAACCACUGCAGGGAUCCAUGUAAGGAUCUAUGUGGUGUUAAUGCGGAAUGUAUAGUGACUAACCAUGUACCUGUAUGUACAUGCUUUAGAGGUCACGAAGGAGACCCUUUUAUUGCAUGCAAUCGUCAAGAACAAAAACCACGAAAUCCAGAGAGUCCUUGUGAGCCUUCUCCGUGCGGAGCGAACAGUGACUGCCAUACAGUGAGCGGUCGAGCGGCAUGUUCUUGUCGUCCGGGCUACUUGGGCGCGCCACCAGCUUGUCGUCCUGAGUGUGCGGUCAACUCAGAUUGUCCUGCUACUAGAGCGUGUAUUAACCACAAAUGCAAAGAUCCAUGCAUAAAUAGUUGCGGUAUUGACGCUCGUUGCCAUGUUGUUGGACACAAUCCUAUUUGUACGUGUCCCGAAAAUCUCUCGGAAGGUGAUCCAUUCAUUAAGUGCACCAGAAAAUCCAUUAUGCCGACACAUACAGAUCCAUGCUUAAUGUCACCGUGUGGACCUUACGCAACAUGUAGAAAUGAAGAUGGACGUGCCAUAUGCGCAUGUGAACCUGGAACUCUUGGAGCACCACCAUCCUGCCGGCCACAAUGUGUUAUUAACCAAGAUUGUCCUUUAGCGCUGGCUUGCCUCGGCGGUAAUUGUGUAAAUCCGUGCAUUGGUUCAUGCGGAUUUAAUGCCCGAUGUUCUGUUCAAAAUCAUCGUCCAGUGUGUUCAUGCGACGACGGAUUCUCUGGUGACCCAUUCGCUGGAUGCAACCCAAUUGAAAUUUCUAAAGAAGCACCUCGUCAACCUUGUCAUCCUUCACCUUGCGGUGCUAAUGCGAUAUGUCGAGAAAAGGAUGGUGCUGGUUCUUGUACAUGCUUAGAUGAUUUUUACGGUGACCCAUAUAGUGGUUGUCGCCCUGAGUGCCUUAUGAAUACAGACUGUGCUAGGGAAAAAUCUUGUUUUAAUAACAGAUGUAUAGACCCUUGUUCUGGGACUUGUGGACAAAACACUCAAUGUAGAGUUGUAAAUCAUGCUCCUUCAUGUUACUGCUUAUCUGGAUUUACGGGAAAUCCUCUUCACGCAUGUGUUCCUGUUAAACCUUUUCCGGAUAAUCUGGAUCCGUGUCACCCUUCGCCCUGUGGACCAUAUAGUAAAUGCCGAAUAUCAAACGGUCAUGCUGUAUGCACAUGUCUUGACAUGUGUAUAGGUUCUCCGCCUAAUUGUCAUCCGGAAUGUAUUGUUAGUUCUGAUUGCCGCUCAGAUAAAGCUUGUAUAAAUCAGAAAUGUCAGGACCCUUGUUCUGGCAUUUGUGGCAUUAACGCGAAAUGCCAAGUGGUGAAUCACAAUCCAAUUUGCAGUUGCCUUAGUGAAUAUACUGGCGAUCCGUUUGUCCGGUGUUAUAUUGAUGACCGCCAAAUGACGCCGAUAAAUAAUUGUGUUCCAAGCCCUUGUGGUCCAAAUUCACAAUGUAAGGAAGUAGACGGAGUAGCAGUUUGCUCAUGCAUUGAAAAUUAUGUGGGUCGUCCCCCUAAUUGUAGACCAGAAUGCGUCAUGAAUGUUGAGUGCUCGGGGAAUUUAGCAUGUAUAGCGGAAAGAUGCAGCGAUCCUUGUCCUGGUUCUUGUGGGUUCCAUGCGAUUUGUACUGUUGUGAAUCAUGUGCCGACGUGUACUUGUGAUCAUGGGUACACAGGUGACCCCUUCUCUGGAUGUUCAUCUAUUCCUUCAAUAGAACCUCAACCACAAAGUCUUUGUUCUCGUUCGCCGUGUGGAGCUAACGCAAUAUGUAAGGAAAGGAACGGAGUUGGAUCAUGUUCAUGUUUACCUGAUUAUUACGGAGACCCAUAUAUUGAAUGUCGCCCUGAGUGUGUUUUGAACUCAGACUGUACUAAAGACAAGGCUUGUAUUAACAACAAGUGUAAAGAUCCAUGCCCUGGUGUUUGUGGUAUGAACGCCGAAUGUCGCGUAAAUAAUCACGCGCCUUCGUGUGCAUGUCUACCUGGGUACGAAGGAAACCCAUUUUCUUCAUGUUACAUAAGUACCUUCGAAGAUCCAGUAAAUCCUUGUGUACCGUCACCUUGUGGUCCUUACAGUUUAUGUCGUGAAAAUAACGGACACGCAAUAUGCUCUUGUCAGGAACAUUAUUUUGGUUCACCGCCUUUUUGCCGCCCCGAAUGUAUGGUCAGCAGCGAUUGUAUGCCAAAUAAAGCUUGCAUUAAUAGAAAAUGCGUGGAUCCAUGCUCAGGUGCAUGUGGCAACAACGCUAAAUGUACAGUCGUAAAUCAUAAUCCGUUAUGUAGCUGCCCAAAAGAUUACACAGGCGAUCCGUUUGUACACUGUUCUUAUGAAACAAGACCAGAACCAAAACCGUCAGGAAAUCCGUGUAUUCCUUCCCCUUGCGGACCUCACUCGCAAUGUCGUGUAAUAGGAGAGACGGCCGCUUGUUCUUGCCAACUCGGAUUUAUUGGUCGUGCUCCUAAUUGUCGGCCUGAAUGUAUAUUCGAUGAAGAAUGUCCUAGUAAUCUAGCGUGUAUCCAAGAAAAGUGUGCUAACCCUUGCGAGGGUUCAUGUGGGUCAAACACUAAUUGUGUUGUCAUCAAUCAUAAAGCAGUCUGUCAUUGUCGUGAGAGCUAUACUGGCGAUCCUUUCAGUGGAUGUUACUUUAUAGUAACCGUACCGAGUGAAGAAGAAACAAAUCCAUGUAAUCCGUCACCAUGUGGUCCAAACGCUCUAUGUAAAGAACGAAAUUCUGCUGGAUCAUGUACUUGUAUACCUGAUUACUUUGGAGAUCCGUACUUAGGAUGUAGACCCGAAUGUGUCACAAAUAACGACUGCACCUUCGACAAAGCCUGUUCGAAUAACAAGUGCGUAGACCCGUGUCAAGGAGCUUGUGGCAUAAACUCGCAAUGUACAGUAGCACACCAUAAUCCAGUUUGUCUUUGCGUAGAUGGUUAUGAAGGCAAUCCUGCGGUAUCUUGUCAUCCACAGCGUAAACCUCCACUUGCGGAUACAAAUCCUUGCAUACCUUCGCCUUGUGGACCUUAUAGUCAUUGUAAAGUGGUCGAUGACCACGGAGUGUGUUCAUGCCAAGAGGGAUAUAUUGGAUCGCCUCCUGCAUGUAGACCGGAGUGUGUAACAAGUACAGAUUGUCCGCAAAAUCAGGCAUGCAUUCGACAAAAGUGUAAGGAUCCAUGUCCUGGAACUUGCGGCACAAAUGCACGAUGCUUAGUGAUAAACCAUAAUCCAAUUUGUACGUGCAAACCUGGUUUUACUGGAGAUCCGUUCAAUUUCUGUCAAUUAGAACAAAAACCUAUCAUAGAGGGGCCUAAAGGAAACCCAUGCAUUCCUUCGCCAUGCGGUCCAUAUUCUCAAUGUAAAAUAAUCGCAGAUGCGCCUGCAUGUUCAUGCUUGCCCAAUUAUCUUGGUGUUGCACCAAACUGUAGACCUGAAUGCUCGAUAAAUGCUGAAUGUCCGGGUAGUCUUGCAUGUCAAAAUGAAAAAUGUGUGGACCCAUGUCCUGGGUCUUGUGGUUUUAACGCUGAAUGCUCCGUAGCAAAUCACGUAGCAUUAUGUAACUGUAUACCCGGUUACUCUGGUGAUCCAUUCAGUGGAUGUUCAUUAUUUCAACAUAUACCAGAACCCCCACCCAAUCCAUGCAGUCCUUCUCCAUGUGGAGCUAAUGCUAUUUGCAAGGAAAGGAAUGGAGUAGGCUCUUGUACUUGUUUACCAGAAUAUUUCGGAGAUCCAUACACUGGUUGUCGUCCAGAAUGUGUUUCUAAUUCUGACUGCGACCGUAAUAAGGCUUGUUCAAAUAACAGAUGUAAAGAUCCUUGCCCUGGUACUUGUGGUAUUAACGCUGAAUGUAGAACAGUAAACCAUUCUCCAACCUGCUCUUGCUUAACGGGAUACACCGGAGAUCCUUUAGUGAAGUGUGACUUUGAAACUAUAACGGAAAAGAAUGAACCAGUUCAGAAUCCAUGCAAACCAUCGCCUUGCGGCCCCAACAGUCUUUGCAAAGUUGUGAACGGUCAUAGCGUUUGCACUUGUGAUACUGGUUAUAUUGGCACACCACCCUCUUGUCGUCCAGAAUGUCUUGUGAGUGUGGAAUGUUCCCAAGAUAAAGCAUGUAUAGCGAAAAAAUGUCUGGAUCCGUGUCCCAAUACCUGUGGCCUCAAUGCUCGUUGUCAAGUAAUCAAUCACAAUCCUGUAUGCAGCUGUACGCCUGGAUUUACGGGAGAUCCGUUCACUAAGUGUAAUCCUGAAGAACGAAUGGUACAAUCAAAUCCAUGUCAACCAUCACCAUGCGGACCGAACGCAGAAUGUCGAGUAAUCGGUGAUCAAGCAGCUUGUUCUUGUUUACCGAAUUAUAUUGGAAGAGUACCAAACUGUAGACCUGAAUGUACGAUAGAUGCUGAAUGUCCUAGCAACGCGGCUUGUAUCAAUGAGCGUUGUAAAGAUCCUUGCGAGCGUGCAUGUGGUGUAAAUGCCAUGUGCUUAACUGUAAAUCACAAACCGAUUUGUUCUUGCCAGCAAGGUUUUACAGGUGACGCAUCUAUAAGUUGUGAUCAACUUAUCAUAUCAUCAACCGAAAUGACGCCGACAUCAAGUCCAUGUACUCCAUCACCCUGCGGGCCUAAUGCUGAAUGCAGAGAACAUAACGGAGCCGGAGCAUGUGUUUGCUCCGAGGGCUAUGAAGGAGAUCCGUAUAGUCCACAAGGAUGUCGAAGGGAAUGCGAGAGUAAUGAUGAAUGUGCACCUAAUCUAGCUUGCACCCGAUAUAAGUGCAUUGACCCAUGUCCAAGAACAUGUGGACAGUUGGCGCAAUGUAUAGUAGAAAAUCAUGCACCAGUUUGCAGUUGUCCUCGUGGUUAUACUGGAGAUCCAUUCUUUCAGUGCAAACAAAUAUUAAUGGACCCAUCCCCUCCGAAGAACCCUUGUGAACCAACACCUUGCGGCCCCAACAGUCAAUGUAGACAAGUAAACAUGCAAGCUGUAUGUUCUUGUCUUCCAAAUUAUAUUGGAUCUCCACCAUCAUGCAGACCACAAUGUGUUGUAAACAGCGAAUGUGACACAUCGAAAGCUUGCAUUAAUCAAAAGUGUGACGAUCCCUGUCCAAACACGUGCGGACUUAGAGCUCAUUGUUUGGUUAAAAACCACAAUCCGAUUUGUACUUGUCCAGUGGGAAUGACAGGGGAUCCAUUUACACAAUGUUAUCAGAUUCCGCCUACAACUGAACGACCUCCAACAUGUACUCCAUCUCCAUGCGGACCACAUUCUCGAUGUCAGUUGCUAGCCAGUGGACCAGCCUGCUCUUGUUUACCAGGAUAUGUGGGUUCACCACCUUCGUGUCGUCCCGAAUGUACAAUUAAUUCUGAAUGUCCUGCUUCAUUAGCUUGUGUGCGUCAGAAAUGUGAAGAUCCAUGCCCUGGCUCAUGUGGAGUAGAUGCAAAUUGCCAUGUUCUAAAUCACGUUGCCAUAUGUGUUUGCAAUGAAGGUUUCACCGGUGAUCCAUUUUCAAGAUGUCUACCAAUAAGUGGAACACCUACAACGCCAGAACCAUCAGAUCCAUGUAAUCCCUCACCAUGCGGGCCAAAUGCUCGUUGUGAUAACGGAUUCUGUACAUGUUUACCAGACUAUAGUGGAAACCCUUAUGAAUCAUGCCGACCUGAAUGUACCGGCAGUCAAGAAUGUCCUAGGGAUAAGGCCUGCUUUAGAAACAAAUGUCGGGACCCCUGCCCUGGAGUGUGCGGGCUUAAUGCUAAAUGUGAUGUUAUAAACCACAUUCCGACUUGUUCAUGUAUAUCAGACUUUACUGGAAAUCCAUUUACACACUGUAACAGAAUAGAAGGAAAACAAACUGAUAAACCAAGAGACCCCUGCCAUCCUUCGCCUUGUGGACCGAACAGUGUCUGUAAAACUGUUGAUAACGCUGCAGUGUGCGCCUGUUUAGAAUCUUUCCAAGGAACACCGCCAGCUUGUAGACCUGAAUGUAUUGUUAGUUCAGAAUGUCCAUCAACCAAAGCUUGUGUUAAUCAAAAAUGUAUAAAUCCCUGUAUAAACGCUUGCGGCGUGUCAGCACGCUGUGAAGUUAUAAAUCAUAGCCCUAUAUGCAGUUGCAGUCCUGAACAAACAGGAGAUCCUUUCAAGAGCUGUUACGAUGUUGUAAACACACCACCUGAACCAAUCGAUGCAUGUAAUCCUUCUCCUUGCGGACCAAAUGCUCAGUGCAUCCAACGUAACGAAAAAGCCAAUUGUAGAUGUUUGGAGAAUUACAUUGGCCAGCCUCCUAAUUGUAGACCCGAAUGUGUUAUCAAUCCUGACUGUCCAUCUAAUCAAGCAUGCGUAAGAAAUAAAUGCAUUGACCCGUGUCCAGGUUCUUGUGGUAUUAAUGCUGAUUGUGUGAUAGUAAGUCACACAGUUUCAUGUAUCUGUAGAGAAAAAUAUACUGGAAAUCCCUUUAUGCAAUGUGUUCCACAAGAAGAAAUUGUCACGAAGCCUUGCGAUCCCUCACCUUGUGGUGCUAAUGCUCUGUGUACCCAAAGAGAAGGAGCUGGUUCCUGUUCAUGUUUGGAAGGCUAUCAAGGAAAUCCUUACGAAGGCUGCCGUCCCGAGUGUGUGCUCAGCUCAGAUUGUCCAGCUGAUAAAUCAUGUAUUAGAAAUAAGUGUGCAGACCCAUGCCCAGGAAUUUGUGGUACUAAUGCAGAAUGUAACGUCAUCAAUCACGUACCAAGCUGCGCAUGUCUUAAAGGAUACUCUGGAAAUCCAUUUACCCAAUGCUCUAAAGAUGAACCUAUAGAAUUUAGUCGACCAUGUCAACCAUCACCAUGUGGGCCUAAUAGUGUCUGCAGAGAAAAUGGAGGAUUAGCAUCUUGUGAAUGUCUACCAGAAUAUAUUGGUGCACCUCCAGACUGUCGACCAGAAUGUACCGUUAGUAAUGAAUGUCCAUCAGAUCGCGCAUGUCAUAAACUGAAAUGUGCGGAUCCUUGCAGAGGUACAUGCGGUAUAGGUGCACAUUGUCAAGUUGUUAAUCAUAGUCCAUUAUGCAGCUGCCCAGCUGGUACUUCUGGUGAUCCCUUCAAGAGAUGCUUUGAAACUGUACUUUAUGAACCAGGACAGCCGGUGCAACCAUGUCAACCAAAUCCUUGUGGCCCAUACAGUGAGUGUCGUGCUCUUAAUGAAAAUCCAUCAUGCUCUUGUAUGCAAGGAUAUGCAGGUGUACCUCCAAACUGUCACCCGGAAUGUCUUGUGAAUACGGACUGUCCUUCUCAUCAAGCGUGCAUCGCUGAAAAGUGCACAAAUCCUUGUGAAGGAUCAUGUGGAUUUAAAGCAGAAUGCCGAGUGCAAGACCAUAUUCCGAUUUGUAGUUGCCCAGUUGGAUAUUCCGGUGAUCCAUUCAUCCAAUGUUCUGAAGUUAUAGUUACACCAACACCUUCCCCAGAGCCUUGCAACCCAUCACCUUGCGGAAGUAAUGCUUUAUGUAAUGCUGGUCUCUGUACAUGUGCACAUGGUUAUUUCGGAGAUCCAUACGUCGGUUGUAGGCUUGAAUGCUCGACCAAUGGUGAAUGUUCACCUACGCGUACUUGUCAAGGAGGAAAAUGUGUUGAUCCAUGCCCGGGAGCUUGCGGUACUAAUGCUAUCUGCUCAAUCAACAAUCAUAUCCCGUCUUGUACUUGCCCACCGAAUACUUCCGGAGACCCGUUCACUUUCUGUACUGAAGUCGUUCACCAAGAUACACCUACUUCGGCGUGUUCUCCUUCGCCAUGUGGUCCAUACAGUGAAUGUUCCGUAAGCGCAAACGGUGCCGCUGCCUGCUCCUGUAAAUCAGGUCAUGUUGGGUCGCCUCCAUCUUGUAGACCUGAAUGCCUCGUUAGUGCGGAAUGCAAACUUCAACAAGCUUGUAUAGAUCGCCGUUGCCGUGACCCUUGUGAAGGUGCUUGUGGCCGAGGUGCGCGCUGCCAAGUAAUCGCACAUUCCCCGAUAUGUACCUGUAAUGAUGGUUUUACCGGAGACCCAUUCUCAUAUUGUUACCCGGCACCAGCCACCCCACCCACACCUAUUGACCCUUGCCAACCAUCACCAUGUGGACCAAAUUCGAUGUGCGUUAAUUCUGGUGAAACACCUGCGUGCAGUUGUCAUCCAGGAUUUAUAGGAACGCCACCAAACUGUCGACCUGAGUGUACAAUUAGUGCAGAAUGCCCUGCCACUCUGGCGUGUGUUGGACAAAAAUGUAAAAACCCGUGUGAACAAGCUUGCGGUCCACGUGCUCUCUGUUCGGUGGUUGAUCAUCGUGCAACCUGCGCUUGUGAACCCGGAUUAGAAGGUGACCCAUUCCAGGGUUGUUCUCCAGCACGAGCUCCGCCAAAGAUUGAAUAUUUAAAUCCUUGUGAACCUUCGCCUUGUGGCGCGAAUGCAGUGUGUAAAAUCCAAGGAAAUGCUGGUUCGUGCACUUGUUUGCCUGAAUAUUUUGGUGAUCCAUAUCAAGGAUGUAGACCAGAAUGCUUAACAGAUUCUGAUUGUCCACUGGUAUCAUCUUGCAGCAGAAACAAAUGCAUAAAUCCUUGUCUCGGUGCAUGUGGUGUUAAUACUGAAUGUUUCGUUAACAACCACAAGCCGAUGUGCAAUUGUAAGAGUGGUUUCACAGGAAAUCCAAUGACUAUAUGUUCCGCACUAAGAGAAAAUGAUGUUUACAUUGAAAAUGUUUGUAAUCCUUCACCGUGCGGUAACAAUGCAAUUUGUAAAAAUAUAAACGAACAGCCUGUGUGUUCCUGUUUGGCGAAUUUCAUUGGAUCUCCGCCAAAUUGUCGACCAGAAUGUAUUGUUAAUUCGGAAUGCAAACCUAGUAAAGCUUGUAUAAAUCAGAGGUGCAUCAAUCCGUGUCCAAAACCGUGCGGAAAAAACAGUGAAUGUAAGGUAAUCAACCACAGUCCCAUAUGCAGCUGCCGCCAAGGCUACAGUGGGAACCCAUUCACAAUGUGCAACCUAGUUCUUCAGACCUUACCAAGUGUAGUUGAAACGUCCAAUCCAUGCUCACCGUCGCCAUGCGGCCCAUACUCUGAAUGCCGUAACAACAACGGAUUAGCAAGCUGUUCUUGCUUAUCAACCUACAUUGGGUCUCCACCGUUUUGCAAACCAGAAUGUGUUGUUAACUCGGAUUGUCCGAGUAACUUGGGAUGCAUUUCAGAAAAAUGUAGAGAUCCUUGUGAGGGCUCAUGCGGCUUAUUUGCGAAAUGCUUCGUAAAUAACCACGUGCCGGUUUGUUUAUGCCCGGAAGGUUUUACGGGAGAUCCAUUCAGUCAAUGUGUGGAAAAGCCUGUGAAAGAAAUAACUCCAACUCUUCAAUUAGACCCAUGUCAACCAAGCCCUUGUGGACCUAAUACUGAGUGUAGGAAUGGUGUUUGUUCGUGUAUAAAUGGGUAUCACGGAGAUCCUAAUUUAGGUUGCCGACCUGAAUGCGUCUAUAAUGCCGACUGCCCCUCCGAUAAAGGUUGCCAGAAAAAUAAAUGUAUCAAUCCAUGUAUUGGCACCUGCGGAGUGAAUGCUAUUUGUGAUGUGAUGAACCAUAUUCCAAUGUGCUCUUGCCCCAAAGGAAUGGUCGGAAAUGCAUUUGUGGAGUGUAGAGCUGUUGCAGUGACAGCUACAAGCCCGUGUAGUCCAUCUCCUUGUGGACCUAAUAGUCAAUGUCAGCAAAGUAAUGGACAAGCAGUAUGUUCAUGUGUACCUGGAUAUAAAGGCAGUCCGCCUACUUGUAGACCUGAAUGCGUAGUCAGCCUGGAAUGUCCUCUUAAUCAAGCUUGCAACAACCAAAAAUGUCUUAAUCCUUGCAUUGGAGCUUGUGGCGCUGGAGCUGUUUGUGAUGUAAUUAAUCACAACCCAAUAUGCACCUGUCCUCCUUCGUUUACUGGAGACCCAUUUGUUAGAUGUUCAGUCAUAGUUGCGGUAGAACCAACGGUAAACCCGUGUGAGCCGUCACCUUGUGGUCCUAACUCUAUUUGUAAAAUAAGUGGAGAGAAUCCAAUUUGUGCUUGUUUACAAGAUUACAAAGGGACUCCUCCAAAUUGUCGUCCAGAGUGUAUCAGUAACAGUGAAUGCGAGUACCAUCUAGCCUGUCAAAAUAAAAAAUGCAUUGAUCCGUGUCUUGGUACCUGCGGGUCUAACGCAGAAUGUAGAGUAGUUAGUCAUGCCCCAAAUUGUAUCUGUCAAGUAGGAUAUACUGGAGACCCUUUUGCUUACUGUAGUAUGUUAGCAGUAAUGGAUUACACAGAAAUUCUGACACCGUGCAGUCCUAGCCCCUGUGGCGCUAACGCUAUUUGUAGAGAACAAAAAGGAGUUGGAUCAUGUCAAUGUUUGGAUGGUUAUUCGGGCAAUCCCUAUGAAGGUUGUCGACCAGAAUGUGUCGUCAAUUCCGAUUGUCCUCUUAAUAAAGCUUGUUCGAGGAUGAAGUGCGUCGAUCCUUGUCCAGGAGUAUGUGGUUCAAAUGCUUUAUGCUUAGUUAACAAUCAUAUGCCAACAUGCAUUUGUCAGCCGGGAUAUACCGGAAAUCCGUUCGGAUAUUGUACUAUUAUGCAAGAACCUCAAGUAUUGGAAACAUAUCCUUGUAACCCUACGCCCUGUGGUGCCAACAGUCAGUGCAAAGAAAUAAAUGGACAAGCUGUAUGUUCCUGUUUACCUUCAUUUAGUGGUUCCCCACCGAACUGCCGACCAGAAUGUGUUGUAAGCUCGGAAUGCCCACCGGAUUUGUCUUGCAGUUCACAAAAAUGCAUUAAUCCCUGCGAAGGCGCAUGUGGAGAAAACGCUCGCUGUAAUGUUAUUAAUCACAGUCCUAUUUGUGUAUGCAAGCAAGGAUUAACUGGAAAUCCUUUCACAAGAUGCUAUCCAAUAACAGUUUCUAAACCGCCUCAAAAUAUACCAAUACAAGAUCCGUGCAUCUCUUCGCCAUGUGGACCAUACGCAGAAUGUAGAAAUAUAGAAAAUGCUCCAUCUUGCGCUUGUAAAUUGAAUUAUGUUGGAACUCCACCUAACUGUAGACCGGAGUGCACUAUAAACUCUGAAUGCUCUAGUAACCAAGCGUGUAUUAAUGAAAAGUGCCGCGACCCGUGUCUUGGUGCCUGUGGAAUUAAUGCUCAAUGCUCUGUAUUUAAUCAUGUCGCACAAUGUAGUUGCAUUGAACAACACACUGGAGAUCCUUUUACUCGUUGCUCACCUGCAAUAGAACAAGACGAAUUCUCGGAACGUGACCCGUGCAACCCGUCGCCCUGUGGAGCAAACGCAGAAUGCAAUAAUGGAAUUUGUACAUGUUUGCCUGAUUACCAAGGUGACCCGUAUUUUGGAUGCAGGCCUGAAUGUUUGCUCAACAACGACUGUCCUCAAGAAAAGGCUUGUGUGAAGAAAAAAUGCGUGGACCCAUGCUUUAAUACGUGUGGCACUGACGCAAUUUGCAACGUGUAUAAUCACCUGCCAAUGUGCUCGUGUCCAAAUGGAUUUACAGGAAAUGCUUUUCUACAAUGUCGACCUAUAAAGAAUAUUGAAGAAAUAAACCCAUGUAGUCCUUCGCCUUGUGGUCCAAAUAGUCAGUGCCGAGAAGUUAACGGACAAGCGAUUUGCUCCUGUUUCCCCGGAUUUUUCGGAGCUCCUCCAACUUGCAGACCAGAAUGCAUAUCGAGUGCUGAAUGUGCAUUGAACAAAGCUUGUUCUAAUCAACGUUGUAUUGAUCCUUGCAAAGGAAAUUGUGGUACAGCGGCCAUAUGUCAAGUUAUUAACCACAAUCCUAUAUGCUCGUGUCCACAUGGAUUCACUGGCGAUCCAUUUUCGAGAUGUUCUGUUCAAGAAGAAGAAAUACCUCAAUAUGUAAAUCCUUGUGAGCCAUCACCUUGUGGACCGAACUCGAUUUGCAAAGAAGUUGGUAACUCGCCAUCUUGCGCUUGCUUGGAAACAUACUUAGGCCAUCCACCAAAUUGUCGACCAGAAUGUAUCGCCAAUUCAGAAUGUCCCAAUAGUAUGGCAUGUAUGAAUCAAAAAUGCAAGGAUCCAUGCCCCGGUUCUUGCGGAUCUAAUGCAGAAUGUAAGGUUGUGAGUCACGCGCCGCAGUGUAUUUGUUCCCCUGGUUAUACAGGAGAUCCAUUCAUAGCUUGUUUAUUGCAAGACAUACCUUUGACGCCAUGUCAACCUUCACCUUGUGGUCCGAAUGCAAUAUGUAAGCAGCAAGGAAAUGCCGGCGCUUGUGUAUGUUUACCAGAAUAUUUAGGAAAUCCAUACGAGGGCUGUCGUCCAGAAUGUAUAGUUAAUUCUGACUGUGCAACCAAUCUAGCAUGUAUUCAAAACAAAUGUAAAAAUCCAUGUAACAGCGCUUGUGGCCUCAACGCGAUAUGUAAUGUCAUAAAUCAUUCACCAAAAUGUGAGUGUUUGCCGGGAUUAACUGGAAAUCCAUACCAAAACUGCUAUGAGCAAAGCGCAGAUACUCCUUCGGUUACGAAAAAUCCUUGUACGCCUUCGCCGUGUGGUCCCAACAGUAUAUGCAAGAUUAAUAAUGAACAGGCUGUGUGCACUUGUCAACAAGAUUUCAUUGGAACACCACCAUCAUGCAAACCCGAAUGCGUGAUCAGCUCUGAAUGCUCGCAACAACAAGCUUGUAUUAAAAAAAAAUGCAGAAAUCCUUGUGAAGGUGUUUGCGGACAGAACUCUGAGUGCAAAGUUAUCAAUCAUAGUCCCAUUUGCACAUGUCGUGUACAUUACACCGGCGAUCCAUUUAAUGGUUGUUCUAAAAUUGUUGCUGCUGAGAUUAUUCCUCUGCCAACAAAUCCAUGUCUACCAUCUCCGUGUGGUCCAUUUGCACAAUGUCGUGAUAUAGGUGGAUCGCCUUCAUGUUCUUGUUUACCUCUCUAUAUUGGCCAACCUCCAAAUUGUAGACCAGAAUGUACUAUCAACACCGAUUGUCCUAGCGAUAAAUCGUGCAUCAAUGAAAGAUGCGUAGAUCCGUGCCCUGGGUCGUGUGGAAUCUACGCAGAAUGCAGAGUUCAAAAUCACGUUUCAAUCUGCACAUGUCUUGAGGGUUACACAGGAGAUCCCUUUAAUGCAUGUAUACUGAAACCACAAAAAGAUCCUGUUCCUUCUGAUCUUUGUAAUCCAUCACCUUGUGGACCAAAUGCCAUUUGCAAUGACGGGAUAUGUUCUUGUCUACCUGAAUUUCAAGGUGACCCGUACUUUGAAUGUCGUCCAGAGUGCACGAUAAGUUCAGAAUGUCCGAUGAAUAAAGCUUGUGUUCAAAAUCAUUGCGUGGAUCCAUGUCCGAAUACAUGUGGUACUAAUGCCAUUUGUCAAGCAAUAAAUCACAUGGCAGUGUGUACAUGUCCGGCAGGGAUGUCUGGCAACGCAUUUAUACAAUGCAACCCUAUAAAAGAAUUUUCCAUUGUAAACCCAUGUCAACCAAGCCCGUGUGGAGCAAAUAGUCAAUGCCGAGAAUUAAAUGGUCAAGCAAUAUGUACAUGCUUACCGGGAUAUCGCGGUACUGCGCCUUAUUGUCGCCCAGAAUGUGUGGCAAGCUCUGAAUGCCCAUCGGACAAAGCCUGUAGCAAUCAGAAAUGUAUUAACCCAUGCCAGGGAACUUGUGGGGUUGCAGCCCAAUGUCAAGUAAUACAUCACAACCCCAUUUGUACGUGUUCUACAGGUUUUACGGGAGAUCCAUUUACACGAUGUACUGCUACGCCUCUCGAGUUACCUACGGCCCCUAUAAACCCUUGUCAACCAUCACCGUGUGGUCCUAAUUCAAUUUGUCAAGAAAACGGCAGCCAAAUACCUUCUUGUCAGUGUAUGCCCGAAUACAUUGGUGCACCGCCGAAUUGUCGUCCUGAAUGUCUCGCAAACAGUGAAUGUGCUCCUCAUUUAGCCUGUAUCAAUAAAAAAUGCCAAAAUCCAUGUGAAAAAGCAUGUGGUACAAACGCUGAGUGUCGAGUUGUGAGUCAUACAGCGGUCUGCAUUUGUCCAGAAGGAUAUAGCGGUGAUGCAGCAAUUCAGUGUUCACAAAAUGCUGUUGUUCCAUUCGAAACACUUUCAGCUUGUGAACCUUCACCUUGUGGAGCAAACGCAGAGUGUAUAGAACGGGCUAGUGCAGGUGCUUGCAUUUGCCGAAAAGGAUAUAUCGGAAAUCCAUAUGACGGCUGUCAUCCAGAAUGUGUUGUAAGUUCGGACUGUCCGAGUAACAAGGCUUGCACAAGAAAUAAGUGUAUAGAUCCAUGUCCUGGUACAUGUGCAUCGAACGCUAAUUGCCAAGUUGUUAACCAUUCGCCUCUUUGUACAUGUAAAACGGGAUACAUUGGAGAUCCAUUCACCGCAUGCAAACUCGAACCUCAACUUGAUUUACCAGUUAAUCCGUGUCAGCCAUCUCCUUGUGGACCAAACAGUCAAUGCAAGGUUUCGAAUGGCCUGAGCAUUUGCUCAUGUUUACCAGAGUACAGCGGAUCCCCUCCAAAUUGUAGACCAGAAUGUGUUGUGAGCGCAGAAUGUCCUUCAGAAAAAACAUGCAGAAACAAAAAAUGUGUGUCACCAUGUCCCGACCCUUGCGGUCAAAACACGAACUGCAAAGUUAUUAAUCACAGUCCAAUAUGCUCUUGCCAAAGCGGAUACACUGGAGACCCAUUCUCACGUUGUUACCGUGUAACUACCACGGAACUUACACCUCAACAACAAAGAGACCCUUGUGUGCCUUCCCCUUGUGGGCCGAACUCCUAUUGUCAAGACCUAAGAGGUAUUCCCUCGUGUUCUUGUUUACCCAACUUCGAAGGGAAUCCGCCUAACUGCAGACCUGAGUGUACUAUCAAUGAAGACUGUGCCAGUAAUUUAGCGUGCAUAAAUCAAAAAUGUAAAGAUCCAUGCCCUGGUUCAUGUGGUAUUAAUGCUAACUGUCAGACUCAAAAUCAUAUAGCGAUCUGUUCAUGUAUCGAAAGCUUUACCGGAGAUGCUUUCACGCAAUGCAAACCAAUACCAUUUAUAGAAGAAAGUGAUCCCUGUAAUCCAUCUCCAUGUGGUAUAAAUGCUGAGUGCUCAAACGGAAAAUGUACCUGCUUUGAGGAGUACCAAGGUGAUCCAUACACUGGUUGCCGACCGGAGUGCUUGGAAAGUUCAGAAUGUGAACGGGAUAAAGCUUGCAUUAAAAAUAAAUGUAAAGAUCCGUGUCCAGGAACCUGCGCGUCGAAUGCUGAAUGUAAUGUCAUCAAUCACAUACCUAUGUGUAGCUGUCCUGAACGAAUGACUGGCAAUGCAUUUGUAGAGUGCCGUCCAAUAAUAGAAGCAAUUAUAACAAAUCCUUGUGAACCAUCACCUUGCGGGCCUAAUAGUCGCUGCAGAGAUGUGAAUAAUCAAGCUGUUUGUUCAUGUGCACCAAAUAACAUAGGUUCUCCGCCGUCAUGUCGUCCUGAAUGUACAAUUAGUUCUGAAUGUCCUCUCAAUCAGGCCUGCAGUAAUCAACGUUGUGUGGAUCCUUGCGUCGGUUCAUGUGGUGUUAAUGCAGAAUGCAAAGUUGUAAAUCAUAAUCCAAUUUGUUCGUGUCCAACAUUUUACACAGGAGACCCAUUCUCAAGAUGUAUGAGGCAACCUGAACGUCUUCCUGAGCCAACUAAUCCGUGCGCACCAUCACCAUGUGGUCCAAACUCGGUUUGUCGAGAAGUAAACGGGGCGCCAUCGUGUAUUUGUUUAGAAGGAUUCAAGGGUCAACCUCCCUAUUGCAAGCCCGAAUGUAGUAGUAAUGAAGAAUGUUCUCCACACUUGUCUUGUAUUCGCAAUAAAUGUAAAAAUCCCUGUGAAAACGUAUGCGCUGUAAACGCUGAAUGUAAAGUUGUGAGCCAUUCGCCGGUUUGCGUGUGCCAAUAUGGUUUUACUGGCGACCCAUUCUUCGAAUGUAUUCAAGAACCCUUAUAUACAGAACCUAUCACAUCUCCCUGUUCGCCAUCACCUUGUGGAGCUAAUGCUAUCUGUAAAGAACGUGACAACGCAGGGUCCUGUUCAUGUAUCGAUGGUUACAUGGGUAAUCCAUAUGAAGGAUGUAGACCUGAAUGUGUAGUUAAUACUGAUUGCCCGUCAAACAGAGCCUGUGUUAAUUAUAAAUGCAAUGAUCCGUGUCCAGGAAGUUGUGGUACCAAUGCGGAAUGUCAGACUGUUAAUCAUGUGCCCUUAUGUACUUGUAUUAAUGGCUAUACUGGUGAUCCAUUUAGAUACUGUGUUUAUCAAGAUUCUCCAGUACUAGCUCCGGUUGACGUAUGUAACCCUUCGCCGUGUGGACCUAACAGCCAAUGUAGAACUAUUAACGGCCAAGCUGUGUGUUCCUGUUUGAUAGAAUAUGUUGGAUCUCCACCUAAUUGUCGGCCAGAAUGCAUAGUCAGCUCUGAGUGUUCGCACGACAAAGCAUGCGUCAACAAUAAGUGUGUAAAUCCUUGUCCUAAACCAUGCGGAGUCAAUGCUGACUGUAAAAUGAUUAAUCACAGUCCAAUUUGUUCAUGUAAAAAUGCUUACACUGGAGAUCCAUUUACUGUUUGCACCGCAAUAAAACAUGAACCUGUACCAGAUACGAGCGAUCCUUGCGUACCCUCCCCAUGUGGACCAUAUUCGCAGUGUCGAAACAUUGGAAACAAUCCGUCAUGUUCUUGUCUUCCAACGUAUACAGGCAGUCCACCUAACUGUAGACCAGAAUGUAUUAUACAUUCUGAUUGCCCUGGUGAUCGAGCAUGUAUUGGUUCCAAAUGUCUAGAUCCUUGUCCAGGAUCAUGUGGUAUUUCAGCUACCUGUAACGUUCAAAAUCACAUACCAAUUUGUACGUGCAUUGAGGGAUACAUAGGUGAUCCAUUCACCGAUUGUAAACCUAAACCCUUAGAAGUUGAACCAAGUGUGACAGAUGCUUGUACAAACAUAAGAUGCGGUUCCAAUGCUGAAUGCAUUAACGGUCAAUGUCAAUGCUUCCCGGAAUACCACGGUGAUCCUUACUUUAGUUGUCGACCAGAAUGUGUGUUUAGCAGCGACUGUGAUGAAACCAAAGCCUGUAUACUAAAGAAAUGUGUGGAUCCUUGCAUUGGAGCUUGCGGACAGAAUGCUAUUUGUCAAGUUUUCAAUCACAUUCCGAUGUGUAGUUGUAAUAAUGGCUUCACUGGUAAUGCGUUUGUCAGGUGCAAUGCGGUCAGAGAACCGACUAUCAAACAUCCUUGCAGUACAGCGGUAUGUGGUCCAAAUAGCCAAUGCCGAGAGGUACAUGAUCAAGCAGUUUGUUCUUGUUUACCAUCGUAUUUGGGCACACCGCCCGCUUGCAGACCCGAAUGUGUAGUUAACGCUGAAUGCCCACAAAAUCAAGCUUGUAUGAAACAAAAAUGUAUUAACCCAUGCGCUGGUACAUGCGGUUCGAGAGCAUCGUGCGAUGUCAUCAAUCAUAACCCCAUUUGUACUUGUCCUGCUGGUUAUUCUGGGGAUCCAUUUGUAGAAUGCAAAAUUUUAUACAAUACACCACCUGUUGUUAUUGACCCAUGUCAACCAUCACCCUGCGGACCUAAUUCUAUUUGUGAAGUCAAAAAUAACAAUCCAUCCUGUACAUGCAAAGAAGAAUACAAUGGACAACCUCCAUACUGUAAACCAGAAUGUAUAAGUAACAGCGAAUGUGCACCACAUCUUGCAUGCAUCAAACAAAAAUGUAGAGAUCCUUGUAUAAAAGCGUGCGGAACAAACGCAGAGUGUCGUGUUGUCAGCCAUUCGGCUAUGUGUAUUUGUCCACAAGGAUAUUUAGGUGACCCCUUCGUUCAAUGCUCUGUUAAAAUUGAAGAUGAAAUUCUUGCUCCAUGUUCUCCAUCACCUUGUGGACCUAAUGCGAUUUGCCGUGAACAUCACAACAUUGGUGCGUGCAUUUGCAAUGACGGCUACUUCGGCAAUCCUUAUGAAGGAUGUCGUCCUGAAUGUAUUUCUAACUCCGACUGCCCAGGCGACAGAGCUUGUAUCGGUAACAAAUGUCAAGAUCCAUGUCCAGGAACGUGUGGUAUUAACUCUGAAUGCACAACAGUAUAUCAUUCACCAACUUGCACAUGUAUUCAGGGUUACACUGGAGAUGCUCUCCGUCGCUGCAAUCCUAUUUUGCCUCAAGAAAAUAUUCAAGAAAACCUUUGUAUUCCAAAUCCAUGUGGACCACAUAGUCAGUGUCGAGAAAUUAACGGUCAGGCAGUUUGUAGCUGUUUGUCCAAUUAUAUUGGAGAGCCCCCCUCAUGCAAACCUGAAUGCAUUUUAAAUUCAGAUUGUAACUCUAACAAGGCCUGCGUUAAUCAUAAAUGUAUUAAUCCUUGUCCGGGACCAUGUGGCGAAAAAGCUGAAUGCAAAGUGUUUAAUCAUAAUCCUAUCUGCAGCUGUCAUUCAGGUUUCACAGGAGAUCCUUUCACGCGAUGCUAUCCAAAACCAGUAAUACAAACCAUGUACGAGGAAAGAAACGACCCAUGCGUACCUUCGCCUUGUGGUCCACUCUCAAUAUGUAGAAAUGUCGGUGAUCAGCCUUCCUGUUCCUGUGCUCCCGGCUACAUCGGUAGUCCUCCAAAUUGUCGCCCUGAAUGUGUUACAAAUCAAGAAUGUCAAAGUUCACUGGCUUGCAUCAACGAAAAGUGCAAAGAUCCUUGUCCAGGUUCUUGUGGUCAAAAUGCGAAAUGUUCAGUUAUAGAACACGUAUCUAUUUGCACCUGUCUGGAAGGCUAUAAGGGUGAUCCGUUUACUUCAUGUGCACCGCAACCAAUACAAGACCUGGUUCCAGCUGAUCUUUGUAAUCCAUCUCCUUGCGGAUCAAAUGCCGAAUGCAAUAACGGGGAAUGCUCAUGUUUACCCGAUUACAGAGGUGAUCCCUAUCUGGGAUGUCGACCUGAAUGCACGAUCAGUUCAGAUUGUCAAAAGAAUCAAAUAUGUGCUAAAAAGAAGUGUUUCAAUCCGUGUCCUGACACGUGUGGUCAGAAUGCUAUUUGUGAAGUCAUUAAUCACGUGCCUAUGUGCAGUUGCCCUGCAGGAUUUACUGGAAACUCUUUUGUUACUUGCAAUGCUAUUCAAGUACCCAUAGCGGUUAACCCUUGCAAUCCAAGUCCUUGUGGACCGAACAGCCAGUGCAAAGAAAUUAAGAAUGUCGCUGUAUGCUCUUGUAUACCAGGCUUUUCAGGAAACCCACCUACUUGCAGGCCUGAGUGUACCACAAGUGCAGAGUGCUCUUUAGAUAAAGCUUGCAAUAACUAUAAAUGCAUCAACCCAUGUAAUGGUGCUUGUGGCAUUGGAGCAUUUUGUCAAGUGGUAAAUCACAAUCCAAUAUGUUCGUGUCCAAACGAAUAUACGGGAGAUCCAUUUACUAGAUGUGUACUGAAACCUGCAGAAAUACAACCGCAAGUUAAUCCGUGCUCACCUUCGCCUUGUGGACCAAACUCAAUAUGCCAAAAUAAUAAUGAUUCUCCCUCAUGUUCCUGCCUACCGGAAUAUACUGGAGUACCCCCGAAUUGCCGUCCGGAAUGUACAAGUAAUAGUGAAUGUGGAAACCAUUUGGCGUGUAUCAACAAUAAAUGUGGAGACCCUUGUGUCGGCGCUUGUGGACAAAAUGCUGAAUGCCGAGUAGUCAGCCACACGCCGAACUGUGUCUGCCCGUCAGGCUUUAUUGGAGAUCCAUUUAUACAAUGUUCAAUACAAGAAAUUUUACAUGAAAAUAUCACUCCGUGUGUCCCGUCGCCUUGUGGAAGCAAUGCUUUAUGUAAAGAACGCAACAAUGCUGGUUCGUGUGUUUGCUUACCUGGAUAUUUCGGGAAUCCAUAUGAAGGAUGCAGACCCGAAUGCAUAGUAAAUACUGACUGUCCUUCGAAUAGAAUUUGUCAACAAAAUAAAUGUCAAGAUCCAUGUCCAGGAACAUGCGCUGCAAAUGCUCAGUGCAACACAGUGAACCACGCUCCGAUAUGCACUUGUUUACCUGGCUUCACUGGAAAUCCUUUCCAAAGCUGUCUUAUCAUUCAAAACAUUGAAAUUGAAACGAACCCUUGCUCACCAAAUCCGUGCGGACCAAAUAGUAUAUGUAAACAAGUAAACGAACAAGCAGUUUGCACAUGUUUGGCAGAUUAUCGCGGCGCUCCUCCAAAUUGUAGGCCAGAAUGUGUAGUCAGUGCUGAAUGUCCAACAAAUAAAGCUUGUGUCUCCUUGAAAUGUCAAGAUCCAUGCAUAGGACAGUGUGGUCUUAACACGAAAUGUCAAGUUAUAAAUCAUAGUCCUAUAUGUUCAUGUAUAGAAAGGUUUACAGGUGAUCCUUUUAGCCGAUGUUUUGCUUUAGUAUCUAGCCCACCUACGCACGAGGAACAACCAAAGAAUCCAUGCUUACCAUCGCCUUGUGGACCAUUUAGUGAAUGCAGAGAUAUCGGAGGUAUAUCCUCAUGUAUUUGUUUGCCUAAUUACAUUGGGGCCCCUCCAAAUUGUCGCCCAGAGUGUACAAUUAAUGCUGAUUGUCCUAGUAAUUUGGCUUGUAUGAACCAGAGAUGCAAAGAUCCUUGUCCAGGCUCUUGUGGUUUAAACGCUCAAUGUUUUGUCAAGAAGCACAUGCCGAUUUGCACUUGUCUUGACAAUUAUGAAGGAGAUGCAUUUACUGAAUGUAAACUUCAAGAACAAAUUAAUGAUGAAAUAGAUUUGUGUAAUCCAUCACCCUGUGGUCCUAAUGCCAUUUGUAAUAACGGAGAGUGUACAUGCCUUCCUGAAUACCAAGGAGAUCCGUUCUUUGAAUGCAGGCCUGAAUGUGUACUGAAUUCCGAUUGUCCCCAAGACAAAGCUUGCCAAAAGAAUAAAUGUACAAACCCAUGUUUAAGCAACGCUUGUGCCGCUAAUGCGAUAUGCGAAGUUUUCAAUCAUGUUGCCAUGUGUAGAUGCCCAGAACGUAUGACAGGAAACGCAUUUGUUCUAUGCUCACACCUGGAAGUUGUCAAACCACAGCCAUGUCAACCAAGUCCUUGUGGUCCUAACAGUCAAUGCCGUGAAAUUAAUGGGCAAGCUAUAUGUGCUUGUUUCAUUGGGUUUGUUGGAAGUCCUCCAUCUUGUAGGCCUGAAUGUACAGUGAGCACUGAUUGUUCUCCCAACGAAGCCUGCAGCAAUCAAAAAUGUAUCAACCCAUGCCAAGGAACUUGUGGAGUGAACGCACAAUGCCAAGUUAUUAAUCAUAAUCCUAUUUGCUCAUGUCCAUCUUCUCUGACUGGAAAUCCAUUUGUAAGAUGCUUUGUGCAAGAGUUUAAGCCUGAGUAUAGUGAUCCGUGCACACCAUCACCUUGUGGACCAAACUCUAUGUGCCAAGAAAUUUCUGGAGCGCCGUCAUGUUCCUGUCUUGAUGAAUAUAUUGGAAAACCACCUUACUGUAAACCUGAAUGUAUCAGUAAUACUGAAUGCCCACUACACUUGGCUUGCAUUAACCAGAAGUGUAAAGACCCUUGCCCAGGUUCUUGCGGAUUAAACACGCAAUGUCAUGUAGUAAGUCACUCUCCAACCUGUUCUUGUGAUUUAGAAUAUACAGGAAAUCCAUUCAUAGAAUGUCACCGCAUACAAAUAAUAUCUGAAGCAACAACUCCAUGUCAACCUUCACCCUGUGGUGCAAAUACUAUUUGUAAAGAAUUCAAUGGUGCUGGUUCAUGCGUGUGUUUGGAAGAAUAUUUUGGAAAUCCUUAUGAAGGUUGUAAACCAGAAUGCAUAAUUAAUACGGAUUGUCCUUCAAACAAAGCUUGUCUGCAAAACAAAUGUCAAGACCCUUGUCCAAGUGCAUGCGCACCGAAUGCAGUAUGCCAAGUAGUGAACCAUAACCCAUCUUGCUCGUGCGAACGAGGAUAUACUGGAGAUCCCUUCCGAUACUGUACACCAGAACAAAUUUUGGAAACGCCAAUUAACGUAUGUCAGCCCUCACCGUGCGGGCCGAAUAGUAGAUGUCAAGAAGUCAACAAACAAGCUGUAUGUUCUUGUCUACCAAAUUACGUUGGGUCUCCUCCUGGUUGUCACCCCGAAUGUGUAACUAAUGGAGAAUGUCCUAGAGACAUGGCUUGCAUUAAUCAGAAAUGCGGUAACCCCUGCCUGGAUGCCUGUGGAAUCAAUGCAGAAUGCAGGGUUAUAAAUCAUAAUCCAAUCUGCCAAUGCACAAUGCAUUAUACUGGAGAUCCAUUCACAAGAUGUAAUCCUAUACCCCCUCCAGUUGCUAAUGCUGAUUUAGAACCAUACAGAAAUCCCUGCGUUCCGUCACCCUGUGGGCCAAAUUCCAUAUGUCACGAAAUAGGAAACAUUCCCUCCUGCGCUUGUAUGGAUAAUUAUAUAGGAAAUCCACCGAACUGUAGGCCAGAGUGUAUAGUAAAUUCGGAAUGUCCAACAUCAUUAGCUUGUAUACAACAAAAAUGUAAAGACCCCUGUAAAGGAUCAUGCGGAUUAGGUGCCAUUUGUACGGUUUCUCGUCAUACACCGAUUUGUGUGUGUCCUGAUGGCUAUAUUGGAGAUGCCUUUACCAUAUGCCAGCCAAAACGACCAGAAGCAGAUAUUGUUGAUAAAUGCAAUCCGUCACCGUGCGGUUCCAAUGCCAUUUGUUCUGAUGGUGUUUGUAGUUGCAUAGAAGAACACCAAGGAGAUCCAUAUAUUGGAUGCAGACCUGAAUGUGUUCUUAGUACUGAUUGUCCUAGAGAUAAAGCUUGUGUUAAAAAUAAAUGCAUAAAUCCAUGCAUAGACACAUGUGCUUCUAAUGCCAUAUGUGACGUGAUAAACCACACGCCAAUGUGCAGUUGUCCUCAAGGCAUGACUGGAAAUGCUUUCUACUCUUGUGAUUUCAUAAAAGUGCCUGUUGUGACAAAUCCUUGCCUUCCAUCACCUUGUGGUCCGAACAGUCAAUGUCGUGAAAUAAAUGGGCAGGCUGUAUGUACCUGCAUCCAAGGUUAUAUUGGCAGCCCUCCUUUAUGUAGGCCAGAAUGUGUUGUGAGUUCAGACUGUCCUUCUGACAAAGCGUGCAGCAACCAAAAAUGUAUUAACCCAUGCGAUGGAUCUUGUGGAAUAGAAGCAAAAUGCAUGGUAGUUAAACACAACCCAAUUUGUACCUGUCCAAAUAAAUACACUGGAGAUCCGUUUACAAGAUGCGUGCCAUUUAGAGUACCUACAGCGGACGUGACGCCUUGUACGCCAUCUCCAUGUGGUCAAAAUUCAAUUUGCAAAGAAGUAUCUGGAACUCCAUCUUGCACGUGCAUGCCAGAUUUCUUUGGUACACCGCCAUAUUGCAAACCUGAAUGCACUAGUAACAAUGAAUGUCCCGUUAACAAAGCUUGCAUAAAUCAAAAAUGUGCUGAUCCUUGUACCAGCGCAUGUGGACUUAAUGCUCUAUGUAGGACAAUAAGUCAUACGCCGACCUGUUUUUGUGAUAACGGUUAUACUGGUGAUCCAUUUACGAGAUGCUUUAUUGAAGAAAUUUUAUACGAACAUUCGUCACCAUGCGAACCCUCACCGUGCGGACCUAAUGCUUUAUGCAAAGAACAUAAUUCAGCCGGAUCGUGUGUUUGUUUACCCGAUUAUAUUGGCAAUCCGUAUGAAGGGUGCAGACCAGAAUGUACGAUUAAUACUGACUGUGAACCUAGCAAGAGUUGUAUUCGCAACAAAUGCCAAGACCCAUGUCCAGGAACAUGUGGAGCAUUAGCAACGUGUGCUGUUGUAAAUCAUUUACCAACUUGCUCGUGUCUGGAAGGUUACACCGGAGAUCCGUAUAGAAGAUGUGAUAUUAUGCAAGUUCCAACAGCUAUAUCGAUCACGCCGUGCGUGCCUAAUCCAUGUGGCCCGAACAGUAUCUGCCACACAGUUAAUAAUCAGAGCGCAUGUUCAUGUAUGCCUGAAUACGUGGGAUCACCGCCUGGUUGCAGACCAGAAUGUACAGUUAGCUCGGAAUGUCCACAGAAUAGAGCAUGUAUCAAUUUAAAAUGCACAGACCCUUGUCCAAGUCAUUGUGGAAUAAAUUCCCAAUGUAAAGUCAUAAACCAUAGUCCUAUUUGUACUUGUAAACUAGGAUUCCUCGGAGACCCAUUCACAAGAUGUUAUCCUCAACCUGAAGAUAUACCAGUUACUAAGAAUCCGUGUUUGCCAAAUCCUUGCGGUGAUAACGCUAUUUGUAGAGAAAUAAACGGUUCGCCGUCUUGUGCAUGCAUACCGAAUUUCCUAGGAAUUCCACCAAAUUGUCGACCAGAAUGUGCUAUAAAUGAAGACUGUCCUUCUGACAAAGCCUGUUUCAAUAUGAAAUGUGGAGAUCCCUGUCCCGGAAGCUGUGGCCAAAACGCUGAGUGCUCAGUGUUCAAUCAUGUUCCAUCCUGUGCUUGUAUCCAAGGAUAUACCGGAAAUCCAUUUUCGGCUUGUUUCCUGAUGAAACCUAUUCAAGAUGAAAUACCAAAAGAUCCUUGCUAUCCGUCUCCGUGCGGAUUCAAUGCCCAAUGCAAUGAUGGAAUUUGUACAUGUUUAGAAGAGUACUUCGGUGAUCCUUACUUAGGUUGCAAGCCCGAAUGCGUGAUAAAUUCAGAUUGUCCCCUGAACAAAGUAUGUUCAAAGAACAAAUGUAUGAAUCCUUGUCCCGGAACAUGUGCACCUACUGCCCAGUGCAGUGUUUAUAACCACAUACCAAUUUGUACUUGUCCCGACGGUACAACGGGCAAUGCUUUUGUGGAAUGCCAUACUAUACAAGUUGUCCACGAGGAACCAUGCAAUCCGAGUCCGUGCGGACCAAGCAGUCAGUGUCGGUCUGUGAAUAACCAAGCAGUAUGCUCGUGCUUGCCAUCAUUCAUUGGAACUCCUCCAUCUUGUCGACCAGAAUGCAUAAUUAGCGCUGAAUGUCCUAGAAAUGAAGCGUGUAACAACCAUAAAUGCAUAAAUCCCUGUCAAGGUAGCUGCGGAUAUGGAGCUAAAUGUGAAGUUGUAAACCACAAUCCCAUAUGUUCUUGUCCACCACAGUAUACGGGUGAUCCGUUUACAAACUGCCAGCCGAUAGUGACAGCGCAAUUACCUCCUGUUGAUCCUUGCACGCCAUCACCCUGCGGUCCAUAUUCUAUAUGUAAAGUAAUCGCAGAAUCACCUUCUUGCACCUGUCAGCCGGAUUUCUCGGGAACGCCACCAAAUUGCCGUCCAGAGUGUGUCAGUAACUCAGAGUGCCCAAGCAGUCAGGCUUGUAUCAAUCAGAAAUGUAAAGAUCCGUGUCCAGGUAGCUGUGGUUAUAAUGCUGACUGCAAAGUUAUAAGUCAUGCAUUAGUUUGUUCUUGUCCAAAUGGUCAAACAGGAGAUCCACUUAUUUCAUGCAGUCCAAUACGGGAAACCUUCAUUGAAUACAGCACGCCGUGUGAGCCUUCGCCUUGCGGUCUAAACGCAGAAUGCACGCAGAAAGAUAACGCUGGCUCCUGUAAAUGCAUUGAUGGCUAUAUGGGAAAUCCAUACGAAGGAUGUAGGCCAGAGUGUGUUAUUAAUAGUGACUGCGCUCCUAUGUUGGCUUGUAUUCAAAACAAAUGUAAAAAUCCUUGUCCCGGAGUGUGUGCGCCAAACGCAAUUUGUCAAGUGGUUAAUCAUCUGCCAUCAUGUCACUGUCCACCUGGCUUAGCGGGUAAUGCGUAUCAAUACUGUGUUACUAAAGUUGAAGACGUUAAACCAACACCGUGUAGCCCAUCGCCAUGCGGUCCCAACAGUGAGUGUCGCGAAGUAAACUCACAAGCCGUAUGUAGUUGUCAAGCUGAUUUUAUGGGAACUCCUCCAAACUGUCGCCCCGAGUGCACCAUCAACAGUGAAUGCUCUGUUGUGAAAUCAUGUAUUAACCGAAAAUGUGUUGAUCCAUGCAUAGGACAAUGUGGUAGAAAUGCAAAUUGUAGAGUUAUUUCUCACAAUCCGAUUUGUUCUUGUCAAGAUCGAUUUACAGGAGAUCCGUUCACUAAUUGCGUCCCAAUUGCCAUAUCGAGUCUCGAAACGUAUCCUGAAGUUAACCCGUGUAUUCCAUCACCCUGUGGACCUAAUUCCAUUUGUCAAGAAGUAAAUGGAAAUGCCCGUUGUACUUGUGUACCUAAUUACAAAGGUUCUCCUCCCCGGUGCAGACCCGAGUGCACAAUAAACUCCGAAUGCAAUGCAGCAACGGCUUGCAUUAACAACAUGUGCUUGGACCCCUGUCCUGGGGCAUGUGGAAAUAAUGCUCAGUGUAUUGUAAACAACCAUUUGCCAAUAUGUUCGUGUUUGCCAGGAUAUACAGGAAAUCCAUUCAGUAGCUGUUUCCUGAAACAAGAAGAACAUGUUGACCUAUGUUCUCCCUCACCGUGCGGUUCAAAUGCUAUUUGCGAAGAUGGACUGUGCACUUGUAUACCAGAAUAUCAUGGUGAUCCAUAUUUCGGAUGUAAGCCAGAAUGUGUCCUAAAUUCGGACUGUGCUAGGGACAAGGCAUGUAUUAAUAGUAAAUGCAAAGAUCCAUGUAUUGGAACUUGUGGAACAGACGCAAUUUGUGAAACUAUUAAUCACAUUCCCAUGUGCUCAUGUCCAUCUGGUUUUACUGGUUCGCCUUUCAGUUAUUGCACACAAAUUUUAGAGCUACCCACGCCUGUCAAUCUUUGUGUACCGUCACCUUGCGGACCAAACAGUCAAUGCAGAGAGUUGAAUGCACAUGCCGUGUGUGUUUGUGUGAGUGGCUAUCUCGGAAGUCCUCCAAAUUGUCGCCCGGAGUGCAUAUUGAGCUCUGAUUGUAAAUUAAAUGAAGCCUGUUCCAACCAAAAAUGCAUAGACCCGUGUCCUGGAGCAUGUGGUCGCAAUACACAAUGCAUUGUUGUCAAUCAUAACCCCAUAUGCACGUGUUCGCCUGGAUUUUCUGGAGAUCCAUUCUCAUCAUGCCAAAUUAUCCCUGCCACACCGCCUGCGAAGGUCACUCCGUGCCUACCUUCACCGUGUGGUCCAAAUUCAGAAUGUACAGAGAAUGGUGAAAAUGCAGAAUGCAAAUGUUUCUUAGAAUAUAUUGGGUCACCUCCUAAUUGUCGACCGGAAUGUACAAGUAACACUGAAUGUUCUCAAAAUAUGGCUUGUAUUAACAGAAAAUGUCAAAACCCCUGCGCAGGGGCAUGUGGUAUAAACGCGGAAUGCAGGGUAGUAAGCCAUACUCCCAUAUGCUUGUGUGAAAAUGGAUACUCAGGAGAUCCAUUCCUUAGCUGUAAUAUAAUAGUAUCAUCCGCAGUAGUGGAACGUCCGACACCUUGUAUACCAUCACCAUGUGGUGUUAAUGCUGAAUGCAGAGAACGGAAUGGUGUUGGAUCUUGCAUUUGUUUACCUGACUAUUUUGGAAACCCAUACGAAGCGUGUAAGCCAGAAUGCAUUCAAAAUUCUGACUGCCCUUCGAACCUUGCAUGCUACAAUAACAAAUGCAAAGAUCCAUGCCCGGGCACUUGUGGAAUUAACGCUCUGUGUAACGUCGUUAAUCACAAUCCUUCGUGUUCGUGUAUUGAGAAAUAUCAUGGAGAUCCAUACAAGAUGUGCGCAUUUAAAGCUGAAUCGGAAAUUUUAGACCCUUGCGAACCUUCGCCGUGUGGACCUAACAGCCAAUGUAAAUCUCAAAACGGCUUGGCGAUAUGUACUUGCAUGCUUGGCUAUCAAGGAACACCACCUUCUUGUCGCCCAGAAUGUAUCACUAGUUCAGAGUGCUCUCUAGAUAAAGUCUGUGAGAACUUUAAAUGCAAAUCGCCCUGUGAAAGAGCUUGUGGAUUAAAUACAGAAUGUAAAGUGAUAAACCACAAUCCUAUAUGUGUGUGUAAACCAAAAUACACAGGAGAUCCAUUCACAAUAUGUUAUGCAUUACCUGAGCAACAGCCACCCUUAAUGGAACCAACAGAUCCGUGUGUUCCUUCACCGUGUGGAUUAAAUGCGGAGUGUAGGGAAAUCGGUGGAGUUCCGUCUUGUUCCUGUUUGAAUGGAUUUUUCGGAAGUCCACCUAACUGUAAACCAGAAUGCAUACUCAAUUCGGAUUGUAGUAAUGACAAAUCGUGCAUAAAUAUGAAAUGUCAAAAUCCAUGCAUUGGUUCAUGCGGUCUAGACGCUUUGUGCAAUGUUGUGAAACACGUUCCUGUUUGUUCUUGUCCUAGUGGUUACGAAGGAGAUCCAUUUUCCAUCUGUCACAUCAAGCCUCCAGAAUUACCACAAUCAGUAGAUCCAUGUCAGCCAACUCCAUGUGGACCCAAUGCUGUAUGCCACAAUGGCGUAUGUUCCUGCUUACCAGAGUAUCAAGGGGAUCCCUAUUUUGGCUGUCGGCCUGAAUGUGUAUUGAGCACCGAUUGUCCUCUGGAUAAGGCUUGUUUCCGUUCAAAGUGUGUUGAUCCUUGUCGUGACAUGUGCGGAGUCAAUGCAGAAUGUAAUGUCUACAACCAUGUCGCUAUAUGUAGCUGCCCAAUGGGACAUACCGGAGAUGCAUUUACCCAUUGUAAAAUAAUUGAAAAACCAGCCAAUAAACCUUGUGAGCCUUCGCCUUGUGGACCUAACAGUGUUUGCAGAGAAGUAAAUGGACAGGCAAUCUGCGCUUGCAUCGAAUCUUUUAUUGGUAAUCCGCCAAACUGCCGACCUGAGUGUAUUCAAAGUACAGAUUGCUCUCCCUCAAAAGCUUGUAUAAAUAGAAAGUGCCAAGAUCCAUGUCCAGGAUCGUGUGGUCGUAACGCUAUAUGUAUUGUUAACAAGCAUAAUCCUAUAUGCAGCUGUCCUGCAAAGCACACAGGAUCUCCAUUCACUUAUUGUUACGUUCAAUUAGAAGAAGAGCCACAGUCUAAUCCAUGCGUACCAUCGCCUUGUGGACCAAAUAGUCUAUGUAAACCAACAGCUGACGGGAAAUCUUAUGUGUGCACAUGCCAACCGUCUUUUGAAGGAACUCCACCUCUAUGUCGUCGCGAAUGUACAACAAGUGAUGAUUGUUCGUCUGACAAAGCUUGCAUUAAUUACAAAUGUUCGGAUCCUUGCCCUGGCUCCUGCGGUUUGAACACACUUUGCGUCGUUCGACUGCACACACCUAUGUGCUCAUGUGAAAACGGGUACACUGGAGAUCCAUUUUUAUCAUGCUAUCUGAUGCAGCCAGUGCAUGAACCAGUUGAUCCUUGCAAUCCUUCACCUUGUGGCGCCAAUGCUCAAUGCAAAGAAACACGUAGCGGCGCAGUUGCUUGUAUUUGUGAAACUGGAUAUUUCGGAAAUCCUUACGAAUCUUGCCGACCAGAGUGUGUGGUUAAUACUGAUUGCCCAUUUAACAAAGCGUGCCUAAGAAACAAGUGUGAUGACCCGUGUCCCGGUGUUUGCGGCUCUACAGCAAAUUGUGAAGUUAUUAAUCAUGUACCAUCUUGCACGUGCGCGCCAGGUUACACCGGAAAUCCGUACACGUACUGUCAUAUCAUCAUUAAUGAACCAGUACCGAAACCGAUAAAUCCUUGUUUACCGAACCCCUGUGGCAGUAAUACUAUAUGUAACUACUCUAAUGGCCAAGUAUCGUGCUCAUGUAUGCCUGAGUUCUACGGCUCACCACCGAAUUGUCGACCAGAAUGUACUGUCAAUGCUGAAUGUGAUAAAUCGAAAAGUUGCAUAAGACAAAAAUGUAUUGAUCCUUGCAUUGGAGUGUGCGGACAAAAUGCAGAAUGUAGAGUUAUUAACCACGCACCUAUAUGCUCGUGUAGUCUUGGAUUUGAAGGUGAUCCGUUUAUUAGGUGCAUGGAGAAGGAAAAAACGCCUACGCCAGUCACCAAUCCUUGUAUACCAUCUCCUUGUGGACCCAAUUCUAUUUGUCAAGCUGUAAAUGAAAUACCGAUGUGUUCGUGUGUCGAAAAAUAUAUUGGUUCACCGCCGAACUGCAGAGCGGAAUGUGUCAUUAAUUCUGAUUGUCCAAGCACUGAAGCUUGCAUUAACCAGAAAUGUAGAGAUCCAUGCCCUGGCUCUUGUGGUCUUUACACAGAAUGUCACGUUUAUCAACAUUCAGCCAUAUGUAGUUGCAAUGAAGGGUACACCGGAAAUCCUUUCCAGAGCUGUCAAAUCAAGCAAAAUAUUGAACCUGUUCCAAGUACAUAUGAUAAUUGUAAUCCAAAUCCAUGUGGCGCAAAUGCUGAUUGCAAUGAUGGAGUUUGUAAAUGUAGAAAUAAUUACUUCGGUAAUCCCUAUCUUAGCUGCCGACCAGAAUGUACUCACAGUUCGGAAUGCGCAAAAUCUUUAACAUGUAUUAACAACAAAUGUACAAAUCCAUGUAUUAAUAUAUGUGGUGAAAAUGCCUUGUGUGAAGUAUACAAUCAUAUGCCUAUGUGUAGCUGUCCUCCAAAUACAACUGGGAAUGCAUUUUUCUCGUGUACACCGAUUAAAGUAGUAGUCCAGGAUACGAACCCUUGCCAACCAUCUCCUUGUGGUCCAAACAGCGUAUGCCGUGCACUUUCAGGACAAGUAAUGUGCUCUUGUAUAACUGGUUACAUCGGUACGCCACCAUCUUGUAGACCAGAAUGUUUAGUGGAUUCUGAUUGCACGAUUCUUUUGUCUUGUUCGAAUCAAAAAUGUGUAGAUCCAUGUCAAGGUUCAUGUGGAAUGAACGCUGAGUGUAGAGUUCACAACCACAAACCAAUAUGCUACUGUAGGAAUGGACUUACUGGUGAUCCUUUCUCUUACUGUAGAGUUAUUCAAAAAGAACCACCAAAAACCGCACCAUGUGAACCAUCGCCAUGUGGACCAAACUCUGUUUGUAAAUCAAACGGCGAAGAGCCACAGUGCCUAUGUCAAACUGGAUUUAUUGGGUCUCCUCCAUACUGUCGUCCAGAGUGUAUUUCUAAUAGCGAAUGCAGCUUCAAUAAGGCGUGCAUCAACAAUAAGUGCGACGAUCCCUGUCUUGGAGCAUGCGGUCCUAACGCUGAAUGUCGAGUUAUCAGUCAUUCACCACAAUGCACUUGCCAAUCUGGCUAUGAAGGAGAUGCAUUCAAUUUGUGUCACCCUAAACGAGACCACGAACCAGUCACACCUUCCGAACCUUGUGUUCCAAAUCCCUGCGGUCCGAAUGCUAUCUGUCAAGAACGUUAUAAUAUCGGCAGUUGUACUUGUGCGAAUGGUUUCUUCGGUGAUCCUUACGAAGGUUGCAGACCUGAAUGUAUUGUUAAUUCUGAUUGUGCCGAAAGCAGAGCUUGUAUAAACAAAAAAUGCCAAGAUCCUUGCCCAGGGCUUUGUGGAGUAAACGCUCAAUGCCAAACAACUAACCACGUUCCAUCAUGUACUUGUAUACAUAGAUAUGUGGGAAAUGCUUACGAAAGCUGUAUACUCAGAGAAGAAAAACCGACAAACCCAUGCUCACCGUCGCCUUGUGGAGCAUACAGUACUUGUAAAACUAUAAGCAACCAGGCAGUUUGUACGUGCUUGCCAGAUUACGUUGGAAAUCCGCCAAGUUGUCGACCAGAAUGUAUCAUUAGUUCGGAGUGUCCCUUGAAUAAAGCAUGCGUUCGUAAGAAAUGUGUAGAUCCAUGCAUAGGAACAUGCGGAGAAAAUUCAGAAUGUCGCGUACAUCAACACAGUCCUUAUUGUACUUGUCUGCCAGGCUAUGAAGGCGAUCCCUUUAUAAGAUGCUCUAAAGAAAUUUUAUCCACUCCACCUGUUGCCUCGCCUUGUGAACCGAGUCCGUGUGGGCCAUUCGCAACAUGCAGAGACAUAAAUGGUUCCCCAAUAUGCAGCUGCAAGCCAGGAUAUAUCGGUGCUCCACCUCGCUGUGCACCAGAGUGUACUAUAAAUGAAGAUUGCCCUAACAACAAAGCGUGUGUUCGUGAAAAAUGUGUAGAUCCAUGCCUUGGAUCUUGCGGUACUCAUACAGACUGUCGAGCAAUGAACCACGUAGCUAUUUGUACUUGUCUUUCCGGAUAUCGAGGCGAUCCGUUUAUUGGUUGUUCAUACCAAGACAUUCAGCCACCGGUGUCAUUCGACGCAUGUAUUCAAUCACCGUGUGGUAUUAACGCGGCGUGUGACAAUGGAACGUGCACUUGCAUUAGUGACUAUCAUGGCAAUCCGUAUAUAGAAUGUAGGCCGGAGUGCACUAGUGACAAUGAUUGCCAAAAACAACUAGCAUGUGUCAACUAUAAAUGUAUUAAUCCUUGUAAAAAUGCUUGCGGGAUUAAUGCGGUCUGUAAUGUUUACAAUCAUAUUGCAAUUUGUGAAUGUCCUACGCCACUUCAAGGAGACGCUUUUAUAUCCUGUCAUCACGCGAUUGAGCCAUCAAUAUCAGAUCCAUGUACGCCUAACCCUUGCGGACCAAAUAGUAUUUGUCGUGCUGAAGGAAUCGUAGCGCACUGUUCAUGUCGGCCUCCAAUGUUCGAAGAUCCUCCAAGCUGUCGACCAGAAUGUCGCGUAGAUUCAGAGUGUCCACCUAACCGUGCUUGUAGAAACAACAGAUGUCGCGACCCGUGUCCAGGAUCAUGUGGUGCUUCUGCAAUUUGCCACAUUCGAUCACACUCACCUAUAUGUGCAUGCCCAGCAAACUACGUUGGAGAUCCGUUUAUUCAUUGUCUCCCAGCUAUUGAAGCAGAGCCUUCGACUCAAGCACCUCAAUCUUGCACAAACUGUGGACCAAAUUCGGACUGUAUAAAUGGGCUCUGUAGCUGUAAAUCGGGCUACGUUGGAGCGCCACCCUAUUGCCGCCACGAGUGUCUCAGUUCCAGCGACUGCGAAUGGCACCUUAUGUGUUUGAAUCUGCGUUGUGUAGACCCAUGCCGCGGAGCCUGUGGACAAGGCGCUCUUUGCGAAUCUCUUGCUCAUGAGCCUCAUUGUACUUGUCCUUCCUCCACUACUGGAAAUCCGUUCUUCGAAUGUCGGCCCAUCGUUACAACCCAGAAAACUCCGAAUGACCCUUGCAACCCAUCACCAUGUGGGCCUGGUGCUUUAUGUAGCGCUAGGGGAGCGAGUGCGUCAUGUGAAUGUGAGCCUGGACUCUUCGGUGACCCAUACAGUGGAUGCCGCCCAGAAUGUGUAUCAGACUCGGACUGUUCACCUUCUCGUGCGUGCAUGCGUUCUCAUUGCCGGGAUCCCUGUCAAGGAACUUGUGGUAUAGGAGCUGACUGCGAAACUGUCAACCACAUUCCUUUAUGUUCUUGUCCAACAGGAACUAGAGGAAAUGCUUUUGAAAAGUGUGAAAAGAUUAUUACAGCACCACCUUGCAACCCCUCACCGUGUGGACCAGGUGCUGUGUGCACUACAUCAGGAAGCAGUGCCAUAUGUUCAUGUCCAAGUGGAACUUAUGGAGAUGCUAAAUCGACAGGAUGCAGACCGGAAUGUGUUGUUAGCUCUGAAUGUCCACGUGAUAGAGCAUGUGUGCGCAACAAAUGCAUUGACCCAUGUAUUGGAACAUGUGGAAAUGGCGCGAUGUGUCGAGUAUUUGAUCACGCACCAAUUUGCUCUUGUCCACCGACUACUACCGGGAAUCCAUUUACAGAAUGCACUUUAAAAGAUGUCACUCCACCUACUUUUGACCCUUGCGACCCUAACCCUUGUGGAAUUCAUGGAACUUGCCGCGACGGACAAUGCAUAUAUCCAGAGUGUAUCGUGAAUGAUGAUUGUCCCGGUGACCGUGCGUGUAUCAACAGGAAAUGUGCCGAUCCGUGUGUAAAUGCUUGCGGUAUAAACGCCAUUUGUACGGGCAUCAGACAUACAGCGGUAUGCUCUUGUCCAUCUGGAUAUACGGGGUCUGCGUUUGUUCGAUGCGAACGUAUAAUUAUUGACCAGCCAACUCCACCGACACCUGAAUGUGUAAAUGAUAAUCAAUGUGCUGAUGAUGCCGCUUGCGUUGAUUCACGAUGCUCACCAGUCUGCGGAUCCAAUAAUUGUGGCAUUAAUGCCCGUUGCUUGGCUAAACAACACAGAGCACGUUGUACAUGUUUACCGGGCUAUGAAGGUGAUGCUUACACUGGAUGUUACUCGGUGCAAUGUCACAGCAACAACGAUUGUCCAGAAGACGAAAGUUGUGAAGGCGCUUCAUGUGUGAAGGUUUGUUCACGCGUUCGUUGCGGAAUCGAAGCGCGAUGCGUCGCAAGAGGUCACACCGCAUCAUGUGAAUGUAACCCUAGCGCAAGAGGAGACCCUUGGACCGAAUGUCACAUAGCCGAAUGUAAUGCAAAUGAAGAUUGCCCAUUAUGGUUAGCCUGUAAAGCGAAUAAGUGUAAGGAUCCUUGUCCUGGAGCUUGUGCACCUGGAGCCGUUUGCACAGUACUACGACAUCAACCAACAUGCGAAUGUCCUCGAGGAACAAAUGGCAAUCCUAAAAUAGAAUGUCGACAAGUGGCAAACGAAGAGGAAUGCCAAUACGAUGCUGAAUGUGGACCAGGUCUGGCAUGUCUACAAGGAAACUGCAAAAAUCCGUGCGAACCAACUUCGUGUGGAACACGAGCCGUCUGUCGCGUUGCUAAUACUCUACCUUUCCGCACCCUGGUUUGCGAAUGUCCGAAACCACUCACUGGGGACGCAUCUCUACAAUGCAAUCCAAGAGGAGAAUGUACGUCAAAUGACGAUUGUAGUUCAGAAGAGAGCUGCAUAAACAAGCGUUGCGUGAAUGUUUGUAGCAACGGCGCCUGCGGUAUAGGUGCUGAAUGCCGCGCUCAGUCUCAUAGAGCUAACUGUGUCUGCGUACCACCAUUACAGGGUGACCCACGUGUAGCUUGUAUGCCUAGUACACCGACUGCAGAAUGCGUCGUAGAUUCAGAUUGUGGUAGCGCCGAGGCAUGUGUAUCACGACGAUGUGUUUCGGCAUGUAUUGGAGCUUGCGGGACGGGUGCAUUGUGUGACGCUGCGCAGCAUAGAGCACGCUGUCACUGUCCACCGGGGACUGCUGGAGAUCCUGCAAGAAUAUGCUAUACACCUGAGUGUACAUCUGAUGACAACUGCCCAUUCGAUAAAACGUGUUUCAAUGGAUACUGUAAGGAUCCUUGUGGUGUGGGCUCUCCGUGCGGACGCGAUGCAAGCUGUGAGGUUGUAGCUCACGUUGCUACCUGUCGCUGUCCACCCGGUACGCAGGGCGACCCUCGUCGCGCCUGUAUCUCAGCGGCCUGUCAUUAUAAUGAAGACUGCGAUGAUUCUCAACUCUGUAAUCGUCUCAACCGCGUCUGCCAAUCAGCGUGUACAGACAACUCUUGCGCUCCUGGUGCUUUAUGUACAGGAGAGAAUCACCGCCCUACCUGCAAGUGUAUUCCUGGAUAUAUUGGUGAUCCAUAUCAACGUGGAUGUACAUUUGCCCAAGAUACCACUGAAUGUACAACGGAUGCUGAUUGCUCAGCGCCUUUAGCCUGUGUGGACGCACGUUGUAUCGAUCUCUGCCUGAAUAACCCGUGCGAUAGCGGUCUCAUAUGUAGAACAGUUGAUGUGCUUCCUUUACGAGCAGUUGCUUGUGUAUGCCCUGAUGGAGGUCGAGCUGCACCGGAUAGUGGCUGUCGCAUACCACCAGAAGUAGAAUGCUCCGUGGACUCGGAUUGCGCUAGUAGCCAAAUGUGCUUCCGUGGUAGUUGCGUCGAAGCCUGUAAAGCUGAUCCAUGUGGACAGAACGCACUAUGCGAUUCGAUUGAUCAUGCAUCACGUUGCGUUUGUCCACCUGGAUACAACGGAAACCCAAGAUUUGAAUGUAACACAGUGCCACAAGAACCAAUAGUUUGGGAAUGCUAUGAAGACAAUGAGUGUGGACCUGAACGUGCCUGUAUCAAACGAUCAUGUGUCAAUCCGUGUAUUGAUGGUUGUGGUAUUGGAGCUCUAUGUCGGGUGAUUGAUCAUAAGCCACAGUGCUCUUGUCCAAACGGUUUUUCGGGCGAUGCAUACAUUCGAUGCUUACCACCAUCCGAGAAGUCUUUUAUUCCACUUGGUUGCAAAGCUAAUUCAGAAUGCCCAUUAUCUCAAGCCUGUAUUAAUGGUGCUUGUGCCGACCCAUGUGCUUGUGGCGCACAAGCUGAUUGCUCAAUUGUGAGACAUCAUCCAGUUUGUUACUGUAAACAAGGCUAUUCUGGAAAUCCCUAUAUUGGAUUGCUGAAUGUUAUGGCGUUAACCACCGUGCAAGUUGUCGUUGCCCAUCUGGCACUGUUGGAAAUCCAUUCACGAGAUGUAUAG